AUGGCUUGUGUCCUGGUCCUCGCAGCGGCGGGCGUCGGCCGCGCCCAGUACUCUCCACAGGAUUAUCUAGACGCUCACAACGAAGCUCGGGCUCAGGUCGGGGUCGGUUCGAUGGAGUGGGAUGACACCGUCGCUGCAUUUGCAGAGAAUUACGCAACCAGAGGAUCGGGACUGCCAACUCGUGCACUCAGAGGGGGAAUAUGGCGAGAACCUAUGCAAGGGCCCUCAGGGCACGGCUGCCGACGCCGUCGAGCUGUGGGUCAGUGAGAACCAGUACUACGAUUACAACAGCAACAGUUGCGAGGAAGGACGGGAGUGCGGGCACUACACGCAGGUGGUUUGGCGUAACUCCGUGAAGCUUGGCUGCGCCCGUGUCACAUGUAACACCGGCGACGUACUCAUCACCUGCAACUACAGCCCCCCCGGGAACUACGGCGACGAACGUCCUUACUAG